AUUCUGAUAGUUCUGACAGUGUUCCUGAGAAAUGCGCAGUUAAGACAGGCAUAAAGAAAGUGAAAAAACCUCCCGCAGUGGCGGCAAAGAAAGUAGAAAGUAUCGUCGAAGAUAAGACUGUUCAUAAAAGAAAAGGCACAAAGGCUGUCAAAACAGCGCCCAAAUCCAGCACCCCUGUCUCUAAACCAGAGAGUUCUGAGUCAAGCAGCUCCAGCAGUGAAGAAGAGACUCAGCCAACCAAGAAAGCAGCUAGCAAACUCUCAGGGGCUGGCAAUUUGGUCAUCAGCAAGCAAGCCCCAGCUGAGAGCAGAACCUCUUCCGAGAGUUCCACUGAUGAACAAUUUAAAAUAUCUGAACAAAGAGAAAGAAAGAAAGAACAAAAUAAUUGCAAAGCAGCAAAAAAAGCGCUAAAACCCUCAGCCAACUUGGUGGGCAAAACAUCUGCAUCAAAGACUUCAACAUCUGAAGUGCCGAAUACGGCAAACAACGGUAAUUCUGAUGAAGAGGCCACAAAAGAAGCAGGCUUAUCCAAAAAAAAGCGGAAAAGGAAAAAUGAACAAGAGUUGGAGACACUGGACAUCAAGAAGAUGAAAGCCAGAGAUCCUCAUACAUUCCCAAAAUCAAAGCAGCAAUCCAGUCCUUUUCGCAGAAUAAGAACAGAAGAAAUAGAAAUAGAUAUGCGAGUAGCAAACAAUUCCUUCGAUGCCAAGAAAGGAGCUAUGGGUGACUGGGGUGAAAAAGCAAAUGAUGUUCUGAGAUUUACAAAAGGUAAAUCCUUCCGACAUGAGAAGACAAAGAAGAAAAGGGGAAGUUAUUGUGGUGGCACUAUCUCUACACAGAUAAACUCCAUCAAAUUUGAAAGUGAUUAAACUUUGGAAGGGGAUUCCAAUUAAAACUCAAAAGUUUCUAACUUUGCAUCAUUUUAUGUUACAGCACACCUGGUAACGUGAUAAAUAAACAUACCUUAUUUUU